UUCCCAUUGCUGCUAUAACAAAAUCAAAAUUAGACACCGAGAACUAUUUCCAUGUGGGUAGUUACAAAAAGAGGAGCAAUAUACUAAACAACUUGAAUUUUCUUCUUAUUUUGUUAGCAAAAACAUCAACUCAAAAAAGGCUUGCAAAUAUUCAGGAAUAAAAAGAGCAACUGAACUUCUCUCCAUGAGCAAUUGUUUCUGUAGUGCCUCAGAACCUGUUAGACUGGAAAAGUUCUGGAACCUGAGGUUCCAAGAGGAUAAAUCACUUUCCUAGAGUCAUAGAGCUACUCUUUCUAGGAAUGCUUUCAGAAGCAUAUCUCUUUGGAAUUGCCUACUGGUCUGACAACCACCUAACUUAUACUCCUAAUGAUGAGCAAGUUGCUGAGGAAAAGACAAUAGAGAUGAACUCAACUAGCAGUAUCUCCUGUUCAUCUGCAGAUGAAGCACAAGACAAAAGUCUUCACUGGAGAUGCAAAUCUCCUGGAAAUUUUAUUUCAUCAAUGUGUUCAGGAGAAAGUCAGCAUAACAGGAAGCAAAAAGUGACAGUGCUGGAAUCAAGUCACAAUUCUCUCCUUGAAUGGCAAACUUCUGCUGGGGUUGAAGACUGUGGAGACUCCAAUAUAAGUAGAGAAACCUAUUUAGUUCCUCCUUCUUGUAAAAGUAUUUGCAAGAAUUAUAAUGAUUUACAUAUUGCUGGGGGCCAAGUCAUGGCCAUCAAUUUAACUGCAGCAGAUUCAACUUUGGAGAGCAGCUUUGAAUUUGGCCCACUAUUGAAAUCUUCAGAAAUUCCUUUGCCUAUGGAGGAUUCUAUCUCAACUCAGUUGAGUGAUUUGCCUUGUAAACCCCUUCAAAGACACUCAUCUUACUGGAGAAUAACUAGUAUCAAGGACAAAAGUAUUAUACCACUUCAGAAGCCUCUUUCUAAUGCCAUGCUGAAUGAAUAUUUGGAGCAGAAAGUAAUGGAAUUGUAUAAACAGUAUUUCAUGGACACUGUAUUUCAUGACAGUUCUCCUAUUCAAAUUCUGGGCUCAGAGCUCAUCAUGACAAGUGUGGAUCAAAUCAGCCUACAGAUAUCUCGGGAGAAAAACUUAGAGGCUGUGAAGGCCAAGGAUAUGGUUAUUAACUGCCUCUUACGACUAGUAUCCACUGAAAUCAGUACCCCUAGUCUGCAUAUUUCCCAAUACAGCAAUGUGAAUCUAUGAAAAAGAUAUAUUGAUUCCUCUUACAAUCAAAUUCAAAGCUGUAUUUAUUUUUUUUUCUGAAAGAGGGAAAAAGGUAGUAGGAGAGUAUGGUUCAAAUCAGAGUAGUUACAUAUAAUGUGUCUCAGAUGUGGAAUGAAGGACAAAAAAGGAUGAUAAUUAAAUGUAGAAAGAAUGCUAGGAAAACAUAAUGAACCAUUAAAAAACCCAAGUACAAUAGCUUAAACAAGAUAAAGACAACUGAAUAAAAGGAAAAAAUAAAUGUCAAGCUUGUGUAAUAUUUCUAGAGAAGAAGAAUAAAUCAGUGAUCAAAGGAAAACAAAAAGAAAAUGUUCUUAUUUUUCAAGUUAAAGGAUUAUCUGUAUUUUGCCCAGGAAAAUUUUCUGGUGGGAAGGGGGUAUAAUAGAGGGUAUUGAUGAAUAUUGAAAAAUAUAGAAAGAAAACUGCUAGGAUAGGCAUAGGUUAGCACUAUUGUAAAAAGAGAGAGAGAGAGAGAGAGAGAGA